UUUAAAUCGUUCUUUCGUUUUUUUUUUUUUUUCUUCCUUUCUUGGGUUGCCUCUCUUCGAAGAUAAUACAAACUACGAAUCUUUAAAGCUUGAAGUUUUAUUUCAUCCGCUGUUUAUUUACUUAAUUAUUUUUAAAUUUUCUCAAGUUUUCGCUCAUGGGGUUUUCUUGCUUUAUUUUAUUUCUUCUUAUUACUCUGAAGUUUCUUUUAAGAACAAAGCCAAACCUAACUCAGCAAAACUAGCUAGAGAGCUGUAUUUAAGGGCUUGUUUGUGCUUCACGAGUUGGAUCUGCAACUUAAAAGGCUGAAUUCUUGGAUAUCUUAUGGUGAUAAUGGGAGGUUUCAAGGUGGUAUUUUACGAACUAGGGUUAACAGUACGUGAAGUAUAAUUACAGUGUAGAUAAUAUAUUAUAGACAUAUAUAUCAGGAAGAGAGCUGUAGGAUAUGGGAUACUGCUCUGUUAACCUUUCGUUUUGUUUCGAACGCUUGGGUUAGUUCCUGUUUAUCUCUACCAAAUAGUGGAAGAUUUCGCACACUCUUUUGCUUUGGUGGGUGAAGCCUCAUGAGAGUUUAGUCGACAAAAGCCAUCAAUUUUUGUAGUAUAUCUCAGACAAGGCAGGAAGCUAAUGAGAUAUCAAGAGUGAAGACCAGCUUCGAUUCUUAGUCUCUCAAUUUCUUGAACCUCUAGCAAGUUAAACCUCCUAAAGGGCUUGAGUUGUCUGACGAGACUACUUGGGAGAUUCCAGUCUGUAUUGUUGAAUUCUCAAGAGUAUACCUAGCUCAGUAAGUAGUGGUGCCUCGUGUUAGAUGGACGCUAGCAGUUUCAGGCCUGGUGAAUCACAUGUAGCACAACAAAGCAGGAGAGAUAAGCUGAGAGUUCAAGCGAGUUCAACUUCAGUUCAUCAAUUAGAUGACUUUCAUAACAAUUUAGAACAGUUGUUGGUCCAUUCUGGGCUAAACCCAGAGCUUGUUCAGGUUCGAAAUGUUAGGAAAGCCAAUGUGCUUUAUGACCCUACUACUACUACUGUGUUUUCCUCAGAAAUGCUUAAUUUUGCAUCUACUUCAAAUAAUGUUUUGCUAUCUCAAGGGGAUGCUGCAAUGAUUGAUCACGAACUUGAUGCAGUACAAUCCAGUAGACUUAUCCCAGAGAUUUCUUCAUACUCCAAUACGUCUCAUCCAAUUUCUUCCAACUUUAACGCUUCACCUAGAGCCAGUCCCAGUGACCCACAAGGAUACACCAACUGGAGAAGCAAUGAUUCACAGCAGAGUUAUGACUGUAUGGUGAAUUAUGCGAGUGGAUCAGUAGGUAGGAAAAACAAUCAGAAACCUAUUUUUGUCGGGGAUGUCUUGUCAAAUAAUGCAAGGGUUACUAACAGUUCUACGCCUACACAGUAUUUGAAGCCUAAUUAUAAUGGAUAUCAAAACGUUCAAUCUUCCUUAGCCAAUCCCUCAAGUGAAAUUCCUGUUCAUGAUAGCCAAAAGCAUCAUACAGAGAUACAAUUUUCUUCCAAUAUGCAUCCACUUUACCAGAAUACACUUGUUGAUGUUGUUACUUCAGCUGCUUCCAUCGGUGGAAAUGAAAGGAUUCUCCUUCCGGCAUAUGGGAAUCAAUCCACUCCUUUUUAUUUUGAUAAUGCCAAUUCAUCGAUGAAUAGGCCUGUUGACAAUAGCCAUCUAUGGAGUAGUGAAUUGGGUUUUAUUGCAAGGAAGAAUGAUCAAGAGUUGAGGACUCUUGCAAGUGAUCCCAAUACUCAGGUUCUAUCUUUGUCUCUUUCAUCAAAUCCGCCAUCUAGAGGGAAUUUAACUCAGUUUGGGGAGGGAUAUGAAUCUGCAAAUUUACAAUCAAAGUCUAGUGUUCUCGAAGAACGUCAUCAAGAUUCAAAACUUGUCAAGUCAAAUUAUUUGUGUCCAAUGUCAAAGCCAGUAGCAAUCAACAGUAAAGGUAGUGGAAAAUCGAUUAAUGAUUUAGCGGGGGCGCCUAACUAUAAUGUUCUUCGAAAUGCUGGUCCACUUGGGCCUUUUACUGGAUAUGCAACAAUCCUAACAAGUUCUAGAUUCUUAAAGCCAGCUCAACAGCUAUUAGAUGAGUUCUGUAGUGCAACAGGUUCAAAAUUCAUGAAAGCUUGUGAAGGGUCUGGAGGGAUGUCUGAAGCAGAUGCAGAGACCGGAACUAAAGGCAAUAAUAAUAGUUCCAGUGUUUCUUCAAUGACAUUCUACGGCUCCAAUGAAGCAAGUGGUGAUGUUGCAGUUGCAAGCAAUUCUUGCGAAUCUUACAGGCCUGAGUACCAGCAAAAGAAAGCGAAGCUCCUAUAUUUGCAGGAGGAGGUAUGCAGAAGGUAUAAGCAAUAUCACCAGCAGAUGCAAAUGGUGGCUUCAUCUUUUGAAUCAGUUGCAGGUCUCAGUGCUGCUACCCCCUACGUUUCUUUGGCUCUCAAGACAGUAUCAAAGAAUUUUAGGUUCCUAAAACAUGCAAUCUCAGAUCAGCUCAAGCAUGUGAUAAAGGCCCUAGGGGAAGAUUUGUUGUCCCCUAAUACAAAUGCAAGCAGCAGCAAAGGCGAUACGAGCACAUCAAGGCUGAGAUGCAUGGAUCCAAGCUUUCAAAGGAACAAAUCUAGUGGGGCUAAUGUGGGCUUCUUUGAACCCCAACAACACAUCUGGAGGCCCCAACGAGGUCUACCAGAACGUUCAGUCGCCAUUCUUAGAGCUUGGCUGUUUGAGCAUUUUCUUCAUCCGUACCCCACGGACACCGAUAAGCAUAUGCUGGCCGCACAAACUGGGCUAUCUCGAAACCAGGUCUCAAAUUGGUUUAUAAAUGCUCGAGUGCGCCUUUGGAAGCCUAUGGUUGAAGAAAUGCACAUGCUUGAGACCAAAGGGUUGGCAGAAAAUCAAACAUAUAUGAACAAUCUUGAAGGAAAACGAGCUGAGGGUACUAGCCAGCCAUAUGAGCAACCUUCGAAUAAUACUGGUGCAAGUUAUAUGCUUAAUAAGCAAAUAGAGUGCUCCGGUACAGUCUCCUCCGAUGGCAGCGGAGAAAAACUGGAGGCAGAGCAGUGGAGUCGGGAGAAAAGAUCAAGAAUAGAGUUUCAGAAUCCAACUAGAAUGGAUGGAGCGGUGAUGGAUUUUCUGCCUUACCAGAGAAGUGGGAUUGAAGUUGGAGGACUAGGAGCUGUUUCGCUUACACUCGGGCUCAGACACGGCGUAGAAAAUGCCCACCAGCAGCAGCAGCAGCAGCAGCAGCAGCAGCAACAACAGCGGCAAUUGCAAUUGCAGCAACAUGAGGAUCAACUUCGGCGGCAAUUUGGAGGUCAGAUGAUUCAUGAUUUCGUGGGUUGUUCAUGAUUUUGUGGGUUGAUUUAUGUUACGAGCCUAUGAAGUGAAUAAUUAAAGAGAGCUAGAAGUAAAAGCUCCUUUUCUUCACCAAUGUUAUAUCUUUGCAUUGGCUAGGAAACAAUACAUUAGUAAUACUUAUUGGAUUUCUUGUCUUGAA